AGCAAAAAAAAAAUAAGGCAAAAAAAGAACAAAAAAAAAAGCUGAGAAGAAAAAAAAUUAAGAAAUGACGCAUUCAGAAUAUCUCUGCAUGUACUGUCCACUGAUAUAACAGCACUGUAUUUGCACAAGCUCCCUUCCUCUGCUGCUCUCUCCUCGCUCUCUGUGCGCUUCUCUCCAUCGCCCGCUUCUCUUAUCAAUCAAAACGGCACAGUGACCGUCAUUAUUUCCAUCAAACGGAGAGAAAAAAAACAUCCCCUAAAUAUCCGCUGCACUUGAGACCGACGUUUUUCUUGUACAAUGCUUUGUUCUGUUAAUGUUAAAGCCCCCCUCGUCCCUCCUCUUCACUCUCUUAAAAAACUCUUUAGGUUUUUCCAGCUGAGCGAUUCAGGCUGAGGCGGGCGCAACCGCACUAGAGGGAAAGUCAAGUCGUGCUGGACUGGCGCGAUAUCCUCGCACGCUUUACAACUAGAGGAAGGACCUGGCCCGUGUUUAACCAUGCUUUUAAAUGAUGGAAUAUGCUGAUUUUAAAAGUUGACCUGGGAUUUCUAGUUGUCGGGUGUUUGCGAGGCAUGGCUUUCCUUUUAAGUUGCUUAUUUCUGUCUUGUGCGAGCAGUGUUUUGGGGAAUCAGAACGGUGAUACCAGUAUCUAUUUGGAUAACAUCACGCGUAUAUUGGAUAGGCUACUGGAUGGCUACGACAACAGGCUACGACCUGGGUUUGGAGGUCCAGUCACGGAGGUCAAAACUGACAUCUUUGUUACCAGCUUUGGACCUGUUUCAGAUGUUGAGAUGGAAUACACCAUGGACGUGUUCUUUCGUCAGACGUGGAUUGACGAACGGCUAAAGUUCGAGGGCCCCAUCGAGAUCCUGCGGCUCAACAACCUGAUGGUCAGCAAGAUCUGGACGCCCGACACCUUUUUCCGGAAUGGCAAGAGGUCGAUCUCUCACAACAUGACCACCCCCAACAAGCUGUUCCGCAUCAUGCAGAACGGAACUAUCCUCUACACCAUGAGAUUAACUAUAAAUGCAGAAUGUCCCAUGCGUCUGAUGAACUUCCCGAUGGACGGCCACGCCUGCCCACUCAAGUUUGGGAGCUAUGCAUACCCGAUAAGUGAAAUCGUGUACACGUGGAAGAAAGGACCCCAGUCUUCUGUCGAGGUGCCGCAGGAAUCAUCCAGUUUGCUGCAGUAUGAUCUCAUUGGGCAGACGGUGUCAAGCGAGAGGCUAAAGUCCAACACGGGUGAAUAUGUCAUCAUGACUGUCCACUUCCACCUCCAACGGAAAAUGGGCUUCUUCUUGAUUCAGACCUACAUCCCCUGCAUCAUGACAGUCAUCCUGGCCCAGGUCUCUUUCUGGAUUAAUAAGGAAUCGGUUCCAGCUCGGACUGUGUUUGGCAUCACCACUGUCUUGACCAUGACGACCCUCAGCAUCAGCGCCCGCCACUCCCUCCCCAAAGUCUCCUACGCCACAGCCAUGGACUGGUUCAUUGCCGUUUGCUUUGCCUUCGUCUUCUCGGCCCUGAUCGAGUUUGCGGCCGUCAACUACUUCUCCACCCUGCAGGCCAACAGGGAGCUGCGGAAGGCAGCGGCCAUGAAGGUGGCAGCUCAGGAGGCAGCGGCCGCCGCUCCGCCUGCAGCCGCAGGGAACGACGCAGAGGUGUCAUCGGUGGAUGCCAGCAGUGUUCUGAAGAAGAGGAUGAACUCUGCCCCGCUGUUUGACCGGCCUGCCAAAACAUUUCCCAACCCACCUGUCAAUGCCCAAGCUUUCCUGCAGCAAGGCUCAGCCGUGCCGGCCAACAACGUUCUCACUGGCACCAGCAUCAUCGACAAAUACUCCCGCAUCCUCUUUCCCCUUUCGUUCGGCGCCUUCAACCUGGUCUACUGGAUCGUCUAUCUUACCAAGGACACCAUGGAGAUGUCCAGGGACACCAUCUAAGCCCAGAGUUUGUCUUCCUGGAAAUCUCAUAAACACACUUUUGUACACAGAUGCAAAAGCAUGCACACAUUCACGUAAUACACAGAUGACUGACGUUUUGCCAAGCACCCUUUUAUGCCGCCUCAGUGCAUUGUAUUUCUUUUUAAGUAUCCCCAUGGAAAGUGAGUGUUUCAACAGCAGAUGUAGCUGCUCCUAUUGAGACUUGACCAUGGAGCUCAAAGCUAUGGGGGCGCAAGGCUCUGGAACCAUUUCAAACAGCUACUACAUUUCACUGCCGCUCUCCUUUAUUUAUGUCCCUCCACUCAUAUUUGAAAGUAAAAAGUUUUUUUUUUUUUAUUGUCCAGUGAGUGUACCUUGCCUGAGUGGAGUCCAGCUAGGUUGCAGAGCCAGAGUCACUACACAUACCGGCUUUUUUGUUCGUAUUUAUUUUACGUGUUAUGUGGAACAUGCAUGCAUUUCCGGAAACUAGAGUGAUUCUGCAUGUGUGUUUGAAGUGACACGUUCCCCGCCCUGAUAUUUUAGAACACACUGGAGGGAAUGAGCGUACACCAUGUCCUGACUGGAUCCAUUGUGACUGACUGACUUGCCAGAAAUGUCUCUCUCUGACUGCCAGCUCUUCUUUCCACUCUUUUCCACUUUUUUUUCCCUCCUCUUCCCCUAACAACACACUAUUUUUUGGUUCAUUGGCUUAAUUUCCCUCUGCUGAUGGAGGACAGAGGCAAAAUCUUCAAAAGGGUUUAUGCGCAGUGUUCCACAGAUGCAUUGGCCGGGUUGAAUAUCCACCGUCACAUGGGCGUGUGGAUACAGAAACAUGCACACGAGAUCAAAAUAUACACUUCGUAGACACUUUGUGCACACAAGCCACCCACUUACACUUCAUGUUUUCUAUAAUUACAUGUCCUAGAUUUGCAACAGAAAUUGGUGCAGAGUUGAACGGCGACCAAAAUUAACUAGAAAUAUACAGAAACACACAUAAUCUUCCUACAGGAGCAAAAAGUUUAAAUUUGACAGACAGUAUGAGUUGACAGAAGAGCUGCAUAAGCUAUGACAGUAUAUAAAUAUACAUAUAUGUAUUAAUAAGUGAGGUGACGAAAGACAGAAAAAGUCUUCAUGAGCCCUAGCAACAAACCUUUGUUUUAUUUAUUUAGUUUUUAUAUAGAUGUAAAUUGUUUAUUGUGCUCAUUUUAAUUGUAGUUAAAGGAUUCCUGCACUGGUUGCCAAUUAUUUCGUCCUGGUUUUCAUUAAAGAAGCUGCAAAAAAUAGAAAAUUAAACCUGUCAUCAUCAAUUAUACAAAAUGUCAAAACAUAUUCAUUAAUACUCCACUUGUGUGGAUUUGCAUAUGAUUAUGCACUCCUUCCAAUUAAGUAGAGAGGGUGACAUGUUAAAGCCACGUGGCGUCUAAAUAUAAGCUGGUGUGUUUACGUCUUCAUGACAUCCAUCAUCUAUGGAGAUGUUCUCAUUAAAGGUGUCUCUUAUUAACACGCCACAAAAAAAAACAAAAAACAUUACAGUAGGGAAAACAGUGGGUUUGCGUGUGGCUUGAUUUGGAUGUCCUCACCCAAAACUCUUUUUUUUUUUUUUUUCCAACUAAUUGUUCCCGUGUUGUUACACAGUUUUGCACAUAAUGAGAGUUUGUAUUUUAUAUGUUUGGCUUUGGUUGAUUUGCAAACAGACCAGUAUGUUUGAGCUCGGUCCAACAGCACAGGUAUAUUAAUUCAAUAAUAACAGGAAAAAUAUGCAAUGUUUGUAAUAUAAUAACAAAAAAAAAAUGCAAUAUGGACUCUGGCUGGACCCCAACGAUAUUGCAAAACUUUUACGGACUAGCUGCGACUUAGCGGCUCGAGAACAUCAGUACUGGACAAUUCUUCAAACCCUGGGAUAGCGUCCAGCGCCAAGGAUUCUGACUUGUUGCUUUGUACAAGAUUUCUGCAUGGCAGUUGAGUUAUAACCAAGGUAAGGCUACUAAAACACGCCGGAAAGAUUUUUUGCAAAGACUGUGGCUACACUUUAAUAGCAGGUCUGUGGAAUGACAGAGAGUCUGAUCUUCCACAUGGAAAUCUAAUGUGCGAGGCUUGGACUCGAGAGUGUGAUUCAGAUCUUUGUUCGGUUGACACUGAACUGAAGUGUAAAUAUGGCUUAGUGUUGUAAAUUAUGGAGUGCAAAGGAUGUAUUUAUUUUAAGGCCUGCUGUUGCAUGUUUGUCUAUUUUUUUUUCCACAUAUACACGAGAGGAAGAAAAAGGAAGAACAGUGGUGUAUCUUCCUGCGUUCUCCCUUUCAUUCAUCACCCACCUCCCUCUCCGUCUUCAGGCGGAGGAUGAAGAGAUGGGGCUUUUCAAACUGUAUUGCUCUGCACUGUAGGUAAACCUGACUGCCAGUGAAUUCAGAUGGCUAAGGAACUACUGGCUAAAACCCCAGCGGAGCCUCGGAGCGCUAACGACCUUCCACCUCCAGCAGAAUAAACUUCAGUCGAAUAGUCAAACAGAAAUAAACAGCAGUGUGUGUGUGUGUGUGUGUGUGUGCGCACGCGAGCGUACCUUUUCUAGAUGACUGAGCUUGUUUGCUUUUAUCAUUGAUCUGCACUCUGACCCCAGCCUAGCUGCUCAGCUUCAUCACACCACCACCGGAGCCACACAUGCAUGACCUCCGACCCUCCGUGUGCUUGUUAGGGUUGCUGAAUGUAGACUGUUGUGAAGUCCGCAGAAUAUAGAAUUCCAUUGCUAUGGCGACUGCGGCCACAAAUUGCCCCACGGUCAUUUUUUAUUUCAUCCCACGAGCAUGGGCUUUGUUGACUCCUUAUUUAAGACGAUGAAUGCUCAGUGUUGUUAUUUCUACGUGUAUAUUUUGUGAAUACGAUUAAAGCGUCCGUGUAGGUUUCUAUUUGUACUCGUGCUUGAGGAUCGGCUGCGCCGCGUGAACCAUUGGCAGCGGUUAAAAUGACAGAUUACAGCUUUUUAUUUUAGUACUUUGGCUCCUCCACGUUUGCUCCUUGUAAACUUUACUCGCCAUUAGUUCUUAUUGUAGAAGAAGGUGGGCUGUUUUUACAGAAAACGAUGUUGGUAUAUUGAGGUCUUUUGUUAAGAAAGGAACUCCUACUACCUUUCCCACUGGAUUGUAUAUGAUUUUGUUCAAUAAAGCAAGAGUAUGUAUAUAUAAAUAUAUAUACAUAUACAUUCUCUCUUCCA